CGCGACGACCGCGCCGACGUCCUGCCGCGCGCGCGCGCCGUGAACGCAUUUCCGCGCGUCUUCGCGCGUUUCGGGCGCCGAGCGCGACGCGAGCGCGACGCGAGCGCCGCGGAUGGUGAUCGGCACGCGAUCCGCCGCGACGACGAUGACGCUCGGCGCGCGCGCGACGACGACGCUCGGCGCGCGAUCGAGCGCGCGAUCGACGCGCGCGGUGAUCGGUAAUCGAUCGCGCGUCGCGCGGGCGGCGAGCGGGACGGCGCGGGCGGAGCCGCGACGAUGGACGCCGAGCGCGGCGGCGGCGACGAGGACGACGAGGACGACGCGAGAAAAGCGAGGGACGACGACGCGACCGCGCGCGGCGAGCGAGGAACCGACGACGAAGAGUGAGAGCGUGACCACAGCACAGAGCGGGGAGAUGACGAGCGAGGCGAAGCAGAAUCGGGACGUGGCCAUCGUCGCGGCGUGCUUGGGGGUGUCGUGCGCGUUCGGCGCGGGGAUCGGCGCGGUGGAGGGCGCGGAUAAGGCGAGCGAAUACUUUGCUGGGUACCUGUUGGAGCAGAGUUUGAGUGUGGAUAAUUUAUUCGUCUUCGUGCUGUUGUUUGAGUAUUUCAAGGUGCCGCCGGAGAGGCAGACGAGGGUGUUAAACUACGGCAUCGUCGGGGCGCUGGUGAUGCGAGCCGUCAUGGUCGGGGCCGGGGUGGAGUUGAUUGAAAAUUUCCAACCCAUUCUUUUGGUGUUUGCGGGUAUUUUGAUUUUUAGUUCGUACAAGCUACUCGCGGAAGGGGAAGAGGAGGAGGAGGACAUGGGGGAUAACGCCAUCGUGAAGUUUGUCGGAAACUUUUUGGAGGUGAGCGAAGAUUACGACGGCGAUAAUUUCUUCACCGUGCAAAACGGGGUGAAAAUGGCGACGCCGCUGUUGCUCGUGCUCGCGGUGGUGGAGAUUAGCGACGUCGUCUUCGCCGUGGAUUCCAUCCCGGCGGUUUUCGGAGUGACGAAGGAUCCGUUCAUCGUGUACACCUCAAACUUGUUUGCGAUUCUAUCCCUUCGACAGCUUUACACGUUGAUUUCCAAAGCCGUGGGGGAGUUGAAGUACUUGCAAACCGCCGUGGCGCUCGUGCUCGGCUUUAUCGGGGCCAAGAUGAUCGUCGAGUACGCGGGCGUCGAGGUCCCAACCGAGGCUUCGCUCGCCGUCGUCGUCACCAUGCUCGGCGGCGGCGUCGGCGCCAGUCUCAUGUUGCCGUCCGAGGACAAAGAGGGCGAAGAGUAAUGUCGACGAGAACGGUUACGUCU